CAGGAGGAACUGGACGCAGGAGAUCGAACCCCUCAUAGCAAUGAAUCAUCCACCAGCGAUCCGAAAACAACUACAGGAGUAAUACCUGCUACAAAGCUUUCAGUGAUUUCCCCACAUGUUGUCAUGGACAGUGUGCCAAUGGCCAGUUUUCUAAUGGGUGAAUUGUCUUUUGUUAAGGCGGAUUUCGAUGCUGCUGGAAAACAUUUUGAGAAAGUUUUGCAAAAGUCGCCCACGGACUACCAGACCAUUGCCAAAGCUAUCGAAGCAUUUCGACGAGCGGGAAAAUUGGAGCAAUCAUCCAAACUGUUGGAGAAUGCAAAACAAACUGAUCCCAAAAGUGACUCGUCUGCGGGGUACAAUUAUUGUCAAGGCUUGUGUUACUGGGCCACAGGAGAGCAUAAUCUCGCACUGCGACAUCUUAACCGAUGUCGGUCAGAUAAAACCUUUGCAGAGGACGCUGUACACCUUAUGGCAGAUGUGUAUCUGACUUCGGAAUGUCAGCUGACUUACGUGGAAACAAACAAUCACAGUGCCCACAGUUUGAUAUCCAGCAACGCCGCGACUCCAUACUCCGACACGAUGCAUAGGCAUAUCGCCGGCGACGGCUUCUCUGACUCCAAGCAUGAUGACAAUACCGGAUAUGAGACUGUGAGCAAAUUACUGAAGAGCUUACCAGUGGUAAAGAAGGAGAAAAGACAUCAAUAUCUGUGUAUUUUGGCACCGUUGUUAACCGGUUCCAAGGCUAAAAUCGAGACAUCGUUGGAAUCGUUUGCACAAAUGGCCCAUGAUGAACCGGACAGUAGUGCAGUUGUCUACGGAGCGGCUGCUUGCUAUAUAGCGCUACGACAAACUCAAAAGGCACGCAACCAACUCAAACGCCUAGCCAAGGUCCCAUGGACAGCGCAAGUAAGUCGACUGGCAGGCUCACCCGUUCCUCGUUAUUUUAUUCCUCUCAAAUGUGUUUUCCGCGGUUCAGUGGUUGUAGAGGCUACCCUGUCCUCUGCACGAUAG